AUGGCUGCUUAUGCAGCUCUUGUUUCUCUCAGGCAUACCAUCGAACAGCUACAACACCAUCCUCGACCUCCAAUUUCUCUUCACAAAUCACAAACCGAACUCAUCAUCGAAAAUCUUACUGUCUUGCAAGAUUUUCUCGAGAAUCAUUCCACUGAUGAAGAUGCCCUGGAGAGACGCAUGGCCGAUGUGGCUUAUGCAGCCGAGGAUUUAAUCGAGAUGCGUAUCAUCGACCAAAUUCAAGCUGAAAAUGUUCGUGUCGAGAAAUCCUGUUUCAGUAAUUUGUUUUGUGGAUACACAAGCCAUGUGGCGGCCGAAGUUAGUCUCAUCUCCAACGAUGACUUGUUGUAUCAGGGUCUACAAAAAGUGAUACACGCCCUCGAUUUCAUCACGAAAGAGGUGAAGGAUAUAAAAGAGAAAAUGGAAAAAAUCAAGUAUGAUGAUUUUUCGGGGCCGGGUGAUUUUUACCUAAAACGAUCUCCUACAAUGGUGGGUUUUGAUGAUGUCAUGAUUGACGUCAUGGAUAAGCUGACCAAUGGGCAAUCGAGCCGCCAGAUCAUCAUACCUAUCGCCGGCAUGGGAGGGAUUGGUAAGACCACUCUUGCUAGAAACAUUUACGAUAAUCCUGUAAUCGAGCAAUACUUUGAAUAUUAUCGUUGUUGGGCUACUAUAUCUCAAGAGUACAGCACAAAAAAAGUUCUUUUACAACUCCUCCUUUGUAUAAAAACUCGAUUGCGUCUACAAGGUUUGAGCCAAAUGAGUGUAGAAGAAUUAGGAGACACGUUGUAUAAAAGUCUAUUUGGUCGAAGGUAUCUCAUCGUCUUGGACGACAUAUGGAGCAUUGAAGCUUGGGAUAAACUUAGAAUUUUCUUCCCAUAUAAUGAUGGUGAAAGUGCAAUAAUGGUGACCACUAGGAUGUCAACGCUGGCUUGUCAAUUGAGUGAAUUAAGUGGCUCUGAUGUUUUGCAGAUGAGUUUUCUCAACAAGAACAACAGUUGGGAUCUACUCUGCAAAAAUGUUUUCGUGGAAGAAAAUUGCCCUGUUGAAUUGGAAGAAAUCGGGAAGGAGAUUGCUGAGAACUGCAAAGGCCUACCGUUGUCGAUUGUUGUGAUUGGGGGACUCUUGGCCAAGUCCAUCCAAACACGAGAAUAUUGGCGUCACAUUGCAAAGAACUUGAGUUCGAUCGUGAACUUAGAGGAGAACGAACGUUGCUUUAGAAUACUGAGUUUGAGUUAUAACCACUUACCGGUUCAUCUAAAGCCAUGUUUUCUUUACAUGGGAAUAUUCCCCGAGGACCACAAUAUUUCGGUCUCCACACUCGUCAAGUUAUGGGUUUCCGAAGGAUUUCUAAAACCAAUUAUCGGCAAAAGCUCGGAAGUAGCUGCGGAAGAGUUCUUGAAGGAACUCAUGGACAGGAAUCUCGUUUUAACUCGUCGGAUGAAUUGUCUCAGAAAUUUAAAACAGUGCGCCAUCCAUGACCUUCUGAGGGACCUAUGCAUAAAAGAAGCAGACAAAGGGAAGUUCUUUUCAGUCGUGACAGGGAAAAGAAGAUGUAGUCUCGACGUACUCAAUCAGCGCUGUAUUGGUGUACACGACAACACGUCUCGAAGGAAAUCAUUCAUCCCUCGACCAAUCCGUAAAGCCAUGCAAUCCAAAUCGCUUGCUCGUGAUUUAAAAUCCGCAUCGCUAACUCGUUCUUUGGUGUGUAAUACCGACGGGGCUGUAAUACCGUCUCGUAGUUUUAGAUUGUUGAGGGUAUUGAACACAUUCGAUAGUUUCUUUUUCGCUCAACAUGAAAGACACGGCACGUAUCCCAUAAAACACAUUUUCGAGCUCUUGAAUUUGCGUCAUCUUGCCAUUAAAACCAAAGUGCCCAAAUUCGAUAUUCCAUCCUCGAUUUACCGGCUAUGGAAUUUACAGACGUUGAUUGUAGCCAAUUCGAAUUGGAUCGCGUUUGAUACAUCGCCACUUUUAGACAUUUGGAAGAUGCCUCGACUGAGGCACGUCAAAAUCCUCGGGCUCAGGCUCCCGAACCCACCUGUCGGAGAAGAGAAUUAUUUAAUUCUUGAAAACUUACAGACCCUUUUGGAAGUAAGGGAUUUUAGGUGUGAUGAGGAGACAGUGAAAAGAAUCCCGAACGUAACUAAAUUGAAAAUACAACUCACGGAAUCAUCUGCAGGAGCCAACUGUCUCGAUAGUCUGGCUCGUCUAACUAAACUGGAAUCCUUCAAUGUAAAUGGGCCAAAUAGGCAGGAUGAGCUGCUGCAAAACCUCUGUUUGCUGCAUUCUUUGAAAAAGUUGGGAUUAUCUGAAACGGGUCUCGGUUGGGAGGACAUGGGGAGGAGUAUAGGUUCGUUACCCCAUCUUCAAGUGUUGAAGCUGAGUUUCCACUCGUGCGUGGGCCCUGUGUGGGAAACUACAGAGGGGCAGUUUCAAACCCUGAAGUAUUUGCAAAUUCUAUCGAAUUUUGAUCUGGAAUGCUGGAGGAUGGACAGCUGGCACUUCCCGAGCCUGGAGAGCCUUCGUCUUGUAACUCUAUUCAAGUUGAAGGAGGUGCCUAGGGAAAUUGGUGAUAUACCGACGCUUAAAUCGAUUGAGGUUCUUGAUUGUCUUGACUCUGCUGUGGUGUCUGCCAAGGAAAUAGUGAAUGAACAAGGAGAUCUUGGGAAUGAAGGCCUUCGUGUGAGACUUCUCUACGGCAAUGGCCAAACUCAAGUAGAUGAGACCUUAACUGGGGUUGCGCUCUUGGAGUUGAUUACAGGUCGGAAGCCUGUAGAUACAUCUCAACCGCUCGGGGAAGAGAGCCUUGUUGAGUGGGCCCGACCUUUAUUAAGUCCGGCACUCGAGACACUGAAAUUUGGUGAAAUAGCAGACCCAAAACUUGAAGGAACCUAUGUUGACAAUGAGAUGUUCUUAUAUCUUCUCACGAUAUUUUAG